UUUCUGUUCCUGAUCAUAGUUGGAUAAAACUCCUUUCACGUACGACUUGUUCGUGAAGAAAAAGAAAGAGAGGUUUGCUAAACCCUAUAAGAAAGAAGAAGAAAAAACCCAUCGGUGUGUAUAUAUACCGUUGAUAACAAGAGAUUGGACGCUAUCUUUUGACCAAGCCUUGCACGGAUACACGGAAUCUUUCGACAGUUUUAGAUCAUCGACCAAUCCGAUCAUGGCUGAACAAUCUAGGGUGAUUUCACAAUUCCAGCCUCAUGUUGCUGCCCAGCUUGUGCCGGUUAAACUCACUGAAGACAACUAUUCACUCUGGAGUUCUUUGGUGGUCCCAGUUCUAAAGAACUAUGACAUGUUUAAUAUGGUUCAAGGAAUAGAGCAGCCGUUGACAGAAGACAAGGACCAAAAGUGCAUGAGCUUUAUGAAGCUCACUUUAUCGGAGGCCAUGCUCCCAUACGCAGCAGAAUCAUGCUCAAGUUCCCGAGCACUGUGGUUAAAGUUGGAAGAGCAAGGAGGAAUUGCAAAAUUCCGACUAGUCCAGCUGAGCAUUCGCCUCAAAAAGCUGAAAAAAGGAAAGUUCACAAGUAUGUCGAAAUACUACCAGAUGAAGAAAAACAUGGCUGAUAGACUAAAAGCCGCCGGGUCUCCGGUUGCAGAUAGUGAUUUUAUUGAGCAAGUCCUUAACGGACUUCCGUCUGAGUAUGAUGCCUUUGCCAACUCCAUCAUAGCUGGAAUUGAUGAUUUAACUCCAGAGGAGCUGCAUGACUUACUGGUGGUUGAAGAAUCUAAUCGUAAAGGAGAGCUAUUCCGCACUGUCAUCAAGUACGGUGCUCUCGCUUUAAUAACUACUGCCAUCAUUUAUCAUAAGGGUCUGAGCGACGCACGCGCACGGCGCUAAUAAUUAUCACAACAUAAGAAAGGCAAAAUUGGUUUAGUUUCUUGGUGUUUUAGGCUUUUUCUGUCUAGAGCGACUAGCUAGUG